AUGUUGCCAGCACCAGUGACUGUUGAUAAAGGGGCUAGAGGAGGCGGUGCGGCUGCUUUGCCAUUAGCUGCCAUUGGCUGUCUUUGUAUACUACUUUUCUUACUUGCUGCAACAAUUGUCUUAGCUCUUAUUCCAGUAUAUUUGCCUAAGAAAGAUAUAUCAAAUCUUUCUUCAACUGCAACAAAAUAUUUCGUAUUAAAUCCAGCACAAAGCGUUCCAGCAUAUGGUACAGCAUCAGCAAGUGCAUGUAAUACAAUAGCAAACUCGAUAAGUAGUUCUAUCAGCUCAUCCUCAUGCGCAUUUGCUGUAUCAUCAUCGGGUAGACGUCGACGAUCUCAGUAUGCAUAUAAAUAA